AGAAGGGAAAGAUAUCUGAACACAGCAUCACUACCCCCAAAUAUCAAAUAACAUCUUAGAACACCACAGAAGCCUUCACAGACAAAGAGAUGCUUCUCUCUGUCCUCCUUGUGCUGGGCCUCUGCCUGGUGCCCAGUCAAUCCAAACCCAUGGAGGAAAGACUCGGCAGUCCUUUUCUUCAGAAAUGCUUUGAAGAAGCAAAGAAAAUAGUAGACGACGCAUACAAAUACUCAAGAGAAGAGAGCCUCAGACGAGUCCGCAAGGAUGUGGUGCAGCCGCAUGACGCUCUUCGUCUCCUGAAGCAGCCUCGUGGAGUCACUCGUUCAGCCGUGCGUUCUGCUGACUACAUGGCACAGACUCUCCGUUUGGUCCAAGAGAAAGUACAUCGUGUGCACAAGCGCUCCCUCAAUGCAACAGAUUUACUCACGGAACAAGAUUUGAAAGAACUUGCCCGGAUUACUGGAUGUGAGGCUCAAAUCAGGAAUCCACCAUGUCACAACACACCCAAUAUGAACAAGUAUCGCACAAUCACCAGCGUCUGCAACAACUUAAAAAACCCUCGCCUUGGUGCCUCCAACACCCCAUUCACCCGCUGGUUGCCCUCUGAGUACGAUGACGGCAUCUCCCAACCAAAAGGAUGGAACAAAACCCGCAGAUUCAACAACUUCUUGCUGCCAUUGGUGCGGCUGGUGUCCAAUAACAUCUUGAGCACAACAGAUGCAGGCGUUGUCAAUGACACAGAGUACACUCACAUGGUGACCUUGUUUGGCCAGUGGAAUGACCAUGACCUCACCUUCACACCAUUUUCACCAAGUAUUCGCUCCUUUAGCAAUGGACUGAACUGCGACGAAAGUUGCGAGCAAAGUGAGCCAUGCAUCCCUAUCCCGAUCCCUCCUGGAGAUCCCCGGCUUCCUUCCCGCCCAGAUAGCUGCAUCCCAGCCUUUAGAUCUGCUCCUGCCUGUGGAACGGGUUACUCUGCAUUUAAUUUUGGUGGAGAACCCAGCAAGAGGGAGCAGAUCAAUUCACUGACGGCCUUUCUGGAUCUGGGGCAAGUAUAUGGCGCAGACGAGAAGCUUGCCCUGAACCUUCGUGACCUCACCAGUGAUGCCGGCCUGCUGCGCGUCAACACCGAAUUCAGGGACAACGGACGCGAGCUGCUGCCCUUCCACCCCCUGCAGGUGCAAAUGUGCGCCACCCGCAGGAGAAUCACCAACGACACCAACGCCAGGGAGGUGCCCUGUUUUAUUGCAGGUGAUGGCCGAGUGGCUGAGAAUAUUGCCCUGACAUCUCUCCACACCCUGUUUGUGCGUGAACACAACCGUUUGGCUCGUCAGCUGAAGAGGCUGAAUCCACACUGGGACAGUGAGACUCUCUACCAAGAGGCCCGCAAGAUCAUGGGUGCUUACACCCAGACGUUUGUCUUCAGGGAUUAUCUUCCUCACAUAGUGGGUCCUGAUGCAAUGCGCAGACAGCUCGGACGUUACCCUGGCUACAACUCCAAUGUUGACCCCAGCAUCUCCAAUGUGUUUGCGACAGCCGCUUACCGUUUCGCUCACCUGGCAAUCCAGCCAGUUUUGUUCCGACUGGAUCCAAACAACAGAGAGCACCCUCGUUUCCCCAGUGUCCCCCUGUUCAAGGCUUUCUUCACCCCCUGGAGAGUCAUUUUCGAAGGCGGUAUCGACCCUUUGCUACGUGGUUUGAUAGGUCGUCCUGCUAAAUUGAACACCCAGGAUCACAUGAUGGUGAAUGCUCUGAGGGAGAGGUUGUUCCAGUUUGUGAUGCAACUGGCUCUGGACCUGGGUUCUCUGAACAUGCAGAGAAGUCGUGAUCAUGGCCUGCCUGGCUACAAUGCCUGGCGCAGGUUCUGUGGUCUGUCCCAGCCUAGUAACCAGGCAGAGCUGGCUCAGGUUUUGAGGAAUCCCACACUGGCUCAGAAGCUGCUGGAGCUCUACGGGACCCCCGACAACAUUGACGUGUGGCUUGGAGGUGUUGCAGAGCCAUUUGUGCCUGGCGGUCGCGUGGGUCCUCUGUUUUCCUGCCUCAUUGCAACUCAGUUCCAGAGGAUUCGUCAGGGUGACAGACUGUGGCACGAGAACCCCGGCGUUUUCACGCCACAGCAGAGGCAGGCUCUGUCUGCUGUUACACUCUCCAGAAUCAUCUGUGACAACACCGGCAUCACAUCUGUGCCCAGUGAUGCUUUCAGCGUCGUCUCAAAUAGCAACCGUCUGGUGCAGUGCAACACUCUGCGUCGCCUGGAUCUUACUGCAUGGAGGGAGAGACCCUCCAUGCUCUGUGACUCCGGAUCCUCUGCUGGUUGUUCAGAGUCCAGUGGCAGAGAGAACCCAACCCAGACGGACGAACUGAGCAAUCUGGACCCUCUGGAUCUCUAGGACUCACUAGACCCUGUGGACCCUGUAAAUGUUCAUGAUCCUCUGGACCUCCAUUAACCUCUGGAUCUGCAAGAGCCAUUGAAAUUUCAGACCAAUGAGGUAGUUGAUUCUGAGUAGUAAUUUCCAUAAAGUCUGGAAAUCCUUUGUAUAUUUUUUGUCAUAGCUCAGAUUUGGUUGCUUUUUGAAUUUUGAUUAUUAUGUGCAAACAGUACUCUGCUCAUUUAAUUUUCUCAGCAUUUUGAUUUAUUUAAGUUUCUCCUCAGACCCAUUAAGACCAUUCAGCCCCAGAUGCCCUCUAGCAUCACCAAUAUUCAAACAUCAGUGUCCCUUUUGGGAUUAUGGGCCAUACACAGAGAGAUUCAUUUGUUUCUGUCAUAAAGAAACAAAACAAGCCAACACAGAUCGUGGACACGUCUAUUUAUAUUCCUCAGUCAUUGACUCUGCACUUUUCCCAUUGGAACAGAAAUCUGGGAUUACAAUGAAAAUUGUCAAGCUGGCCAUCAACAUCUUCUUCUCAAGACAUUUGUUCUUCACUAUGGAACAUAAACACACCCUGUGGAGUACUCAUUACUUUAGACCAACAUUUAGCCUUAUACUUUCAAAUAUAGAACUAGCAACUACUUAGCAACAUAGAACAACUGGAAUCAACAUUUAGUUUAAUAGUUACUAAUAGCAGAACCAACCAGCAUUUAGCUUUGGAUGCUUACUAAUAGCAGCCCUGAACAAGAAUGUGGAGGGCUUAUUACUUCAGACCAGCAUUUAGCUUUUUACUUUUAAUAUCAGAGCAGGAUCUAGAGAAACUCCUGUUAGUUUACUUAGAAACCCAGAAAAAGAAUAAAACAUGGAGAACCAACAUUUAACUUUAUAUUGUAUAUUUACUAAUAGAAUCAAACAUUGAGAAACAAACUUAAGAUCCAUAGAAAACCCUAUUACUUUAUAGAUUAUGAUCUACUUAUUGUUAUUAAACAUGGGGAACCAAUAUUCAGUUUUGUACUUUAGUUUUGUUGUUUUCUUUGCAUUUUCUUCUAAUUCAUGUAAAGCAUUUUGAACUGCCUUGUUGCUGAAAAUUUGCUAUAUAAAUAAAAUUACCUUACCCUCUCCAGGAUGAACUUCCCAUUAAAAAACACCAGUUUUUUGACUUGUGGGCUUUUAAAUUUGUUUACUUCAGUCACUCACAGCAGCAGAUGACCAGAUAAAGACACACCAUACCACUGUAUCCUCAUUUUACAAUUUAUUGUAAUAAUAAAGUAUCUUUGUGAGUUUUAUGCUAAAACUCACAAAGAUAUGUGUUCCAUGGGUUUAAAUUGAAUGAAUGUGUUUAACUCUGUUACAACUUACAGUAUGUUAAACCAAAAAUUAGCAUUUGGACAAGUUUGACUGGAUUAACCAGUAUUAAAUUGUGAACAUGUUAUGCACUAAUAACCUGUACCUUAAAAUGUUAUGUUUUGCUUUGUUUGCUAAUAUUUUGGUUUACUGCAACUUUGUUGUCUUAUAUUGAAUAUUGCAUUCAAUAAAGCAAUUGAGCAAUCA